AUGGAUAGCAGCAACAAGACUAGCUUGGUCAUUGUGGGAGCAACAGGCCUUGUCGGGACGGAACUCAUUCGUAUUCUGGAUAAGACAAAAUACCGGAUUACCAUUGUGGGCCGGUCUCGUGAGAAGCUGGAACGAACAUUUCCUCAUGGUGACGGUGUUGAAGACUACAUGACCUGGGACGAUUUUGAAAAGGCUGAUGCGAAGAAUUGGCAUGUCAUUCUCAAUUUGGCAGGUGCCAGUGUCUCUGGAACACCCUGGACCGAUGCCUACAAACAAACCAUGAUCUAUAGCCGCCUCAACGCUACCAACAUGUGCGUCAAGAAAUGUGGCAGCAGCACACAGCACAAGAUAAGAUUGAUCAACGCUUCUGCUGUCAGCGCAUAUGGAUUUUAUACCAAGCCUUUUCAUCGCUUCACGGAAAAGGAUCGGGAUCGUCGGGACACAAGCUCACCACCAACUUUUUUGCAGGAUUUGAUUGAUCAGUGGGAGGAAGCAGCCUUCAAGGCUGAAGCCUUCGGUAGUCCCGUAACGGUCCUGCGGACAGGUGUUGUGUUGGAUAUGAAAGAAGCGUUCUUUUGCCACGGCUAUUGGAAAGGCUUUGGGUCGGCCAAGCUUUUUCUGGACACCUGCAUUUGUUAUUAA